CAUGUUGAACGCUGUGGGUGUCUCUCUCUCACACACACACACACACAAGCCCAGCACACUAACACUAACACACACCUCGACCGUGUCUUAGAAAAUAAAGUUUCUAUCUCUCUCACACGAGUAGUGUGUACUUAUGCCGGGUGUUACCCCCGGUCAUCAUCGGCACAGGAGGUUUGGUAAUGGAGGAAUUCAUCGAGCUGGCUUCCUUCACUCUGUGGAAAUGGUUUUAACAGGCACAGAGUAACACGGAGAAACUGUUCAAACGGAGAACGUGUGUUCGAACUAUUACACAACAGACUUCUCUUAUUUAUUUUUAUUUUUUUAAGCAAAACUGAGUUUUUUAUUUUCAAUUCUCAAGGAUUUUAACACUACACGCCACCAUGCCAAGCUCAACUAUUCGGAGACAGAUGAAAAAUGUGGUAAAUAACUAUUCGGAGCCUGAGAAGAAGGUCAGGGAAGCGACUUCCAAUGACCCAUGGGGCCCCUCCAGUUCUCUGAUGUCAGAGAUUGCCGACCUCACUUACAAUGUGGUGGCCUUUUCGGAGAUAAUGACCAUGAUUUGGAAGAGGCUGAAUGACCACGGAAAGAACUGGCGGCAUGUGUACAAAGCCCUGACGCUGCUGGACUACCUGAUCAAAACGGGCUCCGAGCGAGUGGCCCUGCAGUGCAAAGAGAACAUCUUUGCCAUACAGACGCUCAAAGAUUUCCAGUAUAUCGAUCGGGAUGGCAAAGAUCAGGGCAUCAACGUCAGAGAGAAGUCAAAGCAGCUGGUUGUUCUGCUGAAGGAUGACGACCGUCUGAAGGGUGAACGCUCUCAGGCCCUGAAGACUAAGGAGCGCAUGGCACAGGUGGCCACCAGUGUGGGCAGCAACAAUCAGAUCAGCUUCGGCCGUGGCUCUAGCCAGCCCAACCUCUCCACCAGCUACUCAGAGGAGUAUGGCAAGUCUGAGGGCUCACCUGCAUCAUAUCAUGGAUCCACAUCUCCCAAUGCAUCUUCAGAGUUGGAGCAAGCCAGACCUCAGACGAGUGGAGAAGAGGAGCUACAGUUGCAACUGGCCCUUGCCAUGAGCCGAGAGGCCGCCGAGCAGGAGGAUAGGAUGCGUCGUGGGGAUGACCUACGGCUCCAGAUGGCUCUGGAUGAAAGUCGCAAAGACUCCAACGCAGGGAAAAUAGCCAAGAAGAAGAAAGAGCCUCCACAGUCUUCUCUGAUGAAUUUGAUGGACACGGUUCCCAAGGGCCCUGCCGAUCAAACAUCGGACCCUUGGGGAGCAGGAGCUGCAGCAGCAGGCCCCGCCUCAGACCCCUGGCAGUCCUAUGGUGCAGCCCCUAAGCCAGCUGCUCCUGUGGAUCCCUGGGGUCUUCCCAGUACCUCUUCCUCAGUUGCUCCUCUGGAAAGCAGUGACCCCUGGGGGUCGACCCCAGGUCCUGCAGCUGCUGAUCCCUGGAGCUCAAUGCCUGCCACCCGCCCCAAAGCCCCUGCCACAGUGGGUAGCUUUGAUCUUUUCUCCACACCAAAUGGUACUUCCAGGGAGGACCUCUCUGAGUUUGACAGUCUUCGCUACUCAGCAGUGACAGGUGAUGGUAGAGGAAGCUCUGCCUUGCCAUCGCAGACCAGUUUGUCUGUAGGCUCUGAUCUGUUUGAUGUACCGAGUGGCCCAACCAGAAAAACUCCAGAGUCUUUCCUGGGUCCCAAUGCCGCGCUUGUCAACCUAGACUCUCUGGUCACCAAACUUCCCCAGCAGGCUCCAGUCUCCAACCCCUUCCUCGCUGGAGGUAACCUUAACCAAUUACAUAUUUCUAGGAGAUCACUUGAACAUUUACAGGGGUCUUGA